AAAUAUGGCUGCUCUGAAAUCUGAAAAUGACGGUAAAACAAGACCGGGAAUUAUAUAUUUUAGCCGUCUUCCGCCUUUUAUGAAACCCGCUAAAGUUAGAUACAUAUUCGCACAAUAUGGGGAGUUAGGCAGACUUUUUUUACAACCUGAAGAUCCUAUGGUACGUAAACGACGUAAAAAAUAUGGUGGAAAUAAAGGGAAAUGCUUCACAGAGGGCUGGCUUGAAUUCAAAGACAGAAAUGUAGCAAAAUCUGUUGCAGCGUCACUCAAUAAUACAAUUGUUGGUGGAAAAAAGAGAAAUUAUUAUCAUGAUGAUAUAUGGAAUAUAAAAUAUUUGCCGAAGUUUAAAUGGUCUCACCUCAGUGAAAAAAUAGCCUACCAAAAAGCAGUUCGGGAACAACGCAUGAGAACAGAGAUAUCGCAAGCAAAACGAGAAGCAAACUUUUAUCUGGAAAAUGUUGACAAAAACAAAGCUUUCAAAGCAAUGGAAAAACGAAGAAAAAAGAAAGAUCCUGAGGAAACAAGUACAAAACCUGCCAAAAGACCAAGGCUUGAAAAACCAGGAAAAACAAGAACACCCAAUAAUGAUAAUACAAUAGAUAUAAAAACACAAUUGAGUAAAAACUUACUUAAGAAAAUCUUCACAGGAGGAAAUGGCUAAGACGUCAAAUACAACAAGUCGUAUCUCAAAAUCUCCUGUCCUGCUCUCUCAAAGACAAACAUGGCUUA